AUGACUCCCGCCAGGUACUGGCUCGCGUGCACUGUCCUCGCCGUGUACAUGUUCAGCAUUGUCCUUGGCUGCAUGUACACUGCCAUGCACAGCGCGACGGACUGCGCCGCGGGUGUCAUGAUGGGCGCGGCGGUCUGGGCAGCCUAUGAGGGUGUCAAGUCCACACUGGAGUCCUUCACCGCUGCACCGGCAAACCCUUGCAAGCAACCUCACUCAGGAUCCAACAACAACAAUGGACCACAAGGGGUUUCAGCGCCAGUCUACAAGCUUCCCACGGGGCAGAAUGUCACCACCAAGAUUGCAUACAACAAAGCGGCAAUGUCCUUCCACGAUACAAGUGCGCCAGAUUUGGUCAAGUCCAUCAUCAACCCAAACGACCUGGACAACGUGUGCCCCUGCCAGCCCAUAUCCAAGUUCCACACCAAGGGCCUGGACAACGUCAAGGGCUGCGUGUUUGCGCUUGCAUAG